CGAGUAAUGCAUAUAAAGAUCUUAUGUAUAUUAUUCAACAUCUUAACUUUCACCCUGAACAUAUAAUUAAUAAUAUUAGACGAUUAAAGUCAUUAUGUAAUCGACUCUCUCUCCAAACAAUAAAGUGUCAUCAAGUACCAAUCCAGAACAUGAAGACAUCAUCAACGUCCACACCAUUCAAGAAUUUCUAUACUAUAUCAAUAAGCGAGCAUAUUAGAAGAAUCUUGGGUAAUAAAAGUUUACGAUCACAGAUGUACUUUGGGCCUGGGAUCGAAGCCAAAACAAAAUCUGAGUUUUGGCACAGAAAUAUCUGGCAGGAAUCACCCCUUUUCAGCCCAUCAUCGAUACGAAUAGAUCAUAAAUUAUAUUUAAUAGAAUCUUUCAUUAAAUAUAAGGAUGAAGAAACAAGAAUAGGAAGAAUUUUAGCUAUAGUCUCAACUUCGAAUGGUAUCAAAUUGAAGAUUCAACAUCUUUAUUUUGGUACCGAAUUACCAAGGAUAUUUGCAAGCUCAAUACGAAAAGAGUGA